AUGGCCCGCCGUAAGAACCGGGGCUGUUGCUUCGGUCUCUUCGACUGCUUCUCAUUUCUAUUUCGCAAACCUCCCGUCGGUGGAGAAAAGUUAUUGGAUCACCCCGAGAUCAUCGCCGGCAUCCUUUCCCAUCUCCCUCCGAAGGAUUUGUUAAAGGAUAUCCGUUUGGUCCAUCCGGUCUUCUACGACAUCGCAACAACUUCAUCCCAUCCGAUCGUACAAUGGAAAACCUGGAUGUACGCCCACCCCGACAUCCCCCGUGGUCUGGAUUACUCGCGAAUGUAUACUCCUAACGUUGGGCAUGAGUUUGCAUAUAACCCACCCCGACCAUCCCGCGAGAUAUCGAUGAUGUUAUUACCCAUAAUCAACAAACUCUGGCUUCGGAUUAUCGAGGACGUCAAACGUGCGCAUGAUGAGUUGGGAUUCAAACCCGGGAAGGAAAAGGAUUAUACCCCAUUGCUGGAGAACGGAAACUACUCCGGUUUGGACGACUUGGUUGGCGACCCUCCUCACGAUGUGGACUGGUAUAUCGAGAAACAGUUAUUGGUGGAUAUGCCGCAUACGAUUAGUCAAAUGCAAGUUACUCGACCGGCAUUGACGGAGGCGGUGAAUAUCAGCAUGAGAUGUUUUAGGUGUUGUAGCCGAACGUGUACUUAUACAGUCUCGUUCGCGUCGCCGACGGAUGGGUUGAGGAUUAAGGAUUUUGUGACGAUGUUGGUGCAUGGAUUGUUCGAUUGGGACCAUGGGGCUUGUUCGCAGUGUCUUUGGAAUCAUAACAGCGUGCAUUGCGCCGUUGCUAUGGAGGUUUCUGGAGUGGCGGACGAAAUUGGCGAAGGAAGAGUGUGGUACGACUAUGUUGGUGGAAAGCAGGUUGGAGAGGAGGGCAGAGGGAUGUUUAAUAUCUUGAGCCUGAGUCUUUUGGCGGAUGGAGGGGGCAAAACGUGGGGGAGGGGAGGCGAGUUUCAGAACAAACAACAAACAGUAUAA